CCCUUGUUCUGUGACGUAACAACAUGGCUGCCCCCUCCGUAGCAGUAAGUGAGCUGCUGCAUAAGAUGAAUAAACGAAUCUCACUAUUGUACCCAAAGGCUUCGUGUAUCAUUAGAAGGAUAAGCGCACCAAGUUCGCGAUGCGAGAGUCAACCGAAGCUGAGAGCGAAGAGUGUUUCCCAGCACCUCGUCGGCGUGGUGGGAUUGGGAGUGCACGCCCAGAUAUACUUCAACACAAAGCUGUUCUCCGGCUCGCCGGUUGGUUUCUCAGCCCCCCCCAACUCCCUGGGUGUCUCUUUUGAUGCAUCCUUACCAGGCACAUUACCCGUCCUGAACAAGCGAUGUGUCGAGGCGGCGGUGAUGACGGGAUUGGCUCUUAACUGCACCAUAAACAAGAAAUCCCUUUUCGACAGGAAACACUACUUCUACGCCGACCUCCCCGCUGGAUACCAGAUCACGCAGCUCCGGCGGCCCAUCGCGGUAGACGGCGUGCUCGCUUACAGCCUCCUCGGAGGAAAGAACCGGAGCCAGGUCGUCAAGAAAACCGUCAGCAUCAAGCAGAUUCAGCUGGAGCAGGACAGCGGCAAGAGCCUCCACGAUGACGUCCGCAGCCAGACGCUCAUAGACCUCAACCGAGCAGGUGUAGGUCUAAUGGAGCUGGUGAUGGAGCCCGACAUGAGCUGCGGAGAGGAGGCGGCCGCAGCCGUCAGGGAGCUUCAGCUCAUCCUGCAAGCCCUGGGCACCUGUCAGGGGAACAUGUCCGAGGGACAGCUGAGAGUGGACGCCAAUGUGUCCGUCCACCAAACGGGGGAGCCUCUGGGCGUCAGGACAGAGGUGAAGAACAUCAACAGCGUCCGAUACCUGGCCAGGGCGAUCGACUACGAGAUCCGGAGACAGAUGGAAGUCCUGCAGAGAGGCGGCACGGUGCAGAACGAGACCCGGGCAUACGAUUCAAAGUCAGGGGAGACCAUUCCUAUGAGGGACAAAGAGGGUCUUCAGGACUACAGGUUCAUGCCGGAGCCCAACCUGCCCCCUUUGAUCGUGUACGAGGAUAACGCGUCGCUGCCCGCUGGCGUCGACGCGCGGCAGGUUGUGGUGGUGCAGGAGAUAAAGGCGGCGCUGCCGGAGCUACCCGGCGUCAAGAGAGAGCGGCUGGUGCAAACGCACGGCAUCCUGCCCGAGCACAGCUUCACCCUGGUGAACGAGGACGGGCUCACGGAGUUCUUUGAGGCCGUGCUGGAGGGGACCACGAAGGAGCCGAGGAAGGUGAUCGGCUGGGUGACGAAGGAGCUGGUGGGUCACCUCAAACAGCGAGACAUGAGCGUGAGCCAGAGUCCAAUCUCUCCGUCUGCUCUGGCUGAGCUGCUGGAACUCCAGGAAACUGGACACAUCUCCUCUCCGGUUGCCAAGCAGGUGUUCCAGUACAUGUGGAGGUCACCGGGCAAGACGGCCCCUCAGAUCAUCCGAGAGGGGGACUUGGGUCUUGUCAGCGACACCACACAGCUGCACAACAUCUGCCAGGAGGUUGUGGACUCGCACCCUGAUGCGGUUCACGCCAUCAGAAACGGAAACAAGAAGGUUCUGAACAAGCUGAUGGGCCUGGUUCAGAAAGAGACCAAAGGCCGAGCCGACCCGGUUCUGGUGAGGGCAAUUUUACAAGAGAAGACAUUGUGAUAUGCACUGCAAGACCGAGCCAUGUCACAGACACACACACACACACACACACACACACACACACACACACACAGCCGGAGCAUGACAGGUGUGGCCGAGAAGAGCGCCGUGACACCGAUCAAUGCAGCGGUACCGCUGCAGUACACGGUACCGCUGUAUGACACGAUGGUUGAUCAACGAUGGUUGAUGAACUAUUGACUAUUGAUGACAUUUUUUGUAAAUAGGGAAGAACAACAACCAGUGACUUCCAUGUUUAUGUGUUUAAAAAUGAAUAAAGCUUUUCUGGUUAAGGCUCUCUGCGGCAGAGUGGAAUCAAACUUAUAACAUGUUAAAUAUCCUGAAAAACGAAGCACUUCAUUAAAUGUUUAAUUGAAAUGGUUGGGUGAGGAAAUAAAGAGGAUUGUGAUUUCAACAAAACAAUCA